AUGAACGCAAAAGUGGCGUCGGUACAUUCGGAUGAGGAGAAUGCGUUUAUACGAGAUCUGAUGUUGAAGGAAUAUUACCCAAAUGGCGAACUACCGGACAAAGACCUCAUUGGGAUGCUAGGCGCGCAAAAGGAUCUCAACAACUACAGGAUAUUUUACUGGGAUGACGGCUCAACGUGGGAUUAUGCGGAUUGGUCCAUUGGCGAGCCCAAUAGUCCUAAAAGCGAGCCGUGUGCAGGGGUAUCAACUGUACAG